AUGCCCCCUGGUAUCAGGACUUCCAUCAGCAGAAACAACAUCAAGUAUAACUCGGCCUGGGUCUUGUCAUUCUUGACCACAUCACUCGUUCUCACUUGGCCUCAUCUCUGCCUCGCCAUUCCUUCACCAUCAAACGGUCAGCCUGACUUGUCUCCGAGAGGCAACAACAACCCACUAAACAUCGAUUGGGAUCCCGCUCCGGCACCAGAAGACGGCCCUCCAUUGUCACGAGGUGCUAUCCGUGACCCGGCGUAUCUCCCAGCACAGAUUGGCGGCAUUGUUGGUUCGUACGCGGUAUCGUUGGUCAUUGUUGCCAUUCUUCUUCUUGUGCUUUCCAAAGGACGGCGUCAAGCUUUGAUCAACGCCGACCUUCCAGACGAAGACAAGUAUCUCAACUUCAACCCUCUCCCGGCAUACCUUCAGCAAACAGAGGAGGAGUUCAAGCAGACACUUGCUCAGUUCCAUCAACAAGAACUAGGAGAGCAGUUCUACCAGCAGCAGCAAGAGCAGGGACAAUUCCUGCCACCACUUCCAACGCUUCAGAUCCCACAGAGCCCAUACAGGAACUGGGGAUUCAGAGAAGGACCACUUAGCGCAAGCAGGUCGCAACACUCAGUCAUCUCUGCUGGUUCACCAACCUCGACGGUUCUCGCAGCCGGUUACGAUCUUUCAGUUGACCAGACGGUAAUCCGACACGACAGAGCCAUGGCGCAACAACAGCUAGAAGAGAUGUACAAGCAUGUGAUGGAGCAGGAGGAGGCAAAGGCAGAGGGGAGGCAGUACAUACCACCAAACCUACCAAGGCCCUCGGUGUCAUCAUUUGCUUCCCAGCAGCAACAACAGCAACAAGCACCAGGAACCAUCCGCAAGAACAAGCCUUCCAACCUGAACCUCUCCAAGGAAAAAGAAGAGAAGCAAUCCCGCGGCUCCUCUCUCCUCAACUUCCUCAAAUCCCCCAAGAAGAACAAGGCCCCGCAAGGCCUCUCCAUCUCUUCGCCCAUCAUGACCCCGAUGUCCGGCACUUUCCCCCGUGGCUACCAUCCCGACGUCGACGGGCAAGAGAUGAACCCCAUCCCGCCUCGCCACUACGCCCCCGCCAAGCCACCUCCCAUCCCCUCGGACGUGCUCCCCUUCCGCCGUCAAAACAGCGGCCAGCAAGGGCAAUACCCCACCCCUGACAUAUCCCCCGUAAGCACUCAAUCCAUCGACCAACGGAUCGACAUCGCCCUGCACCGGCCUCCACAGCGCGAGGGAUCCCGCUCCGACGAGCGUCUCCCCUCGCACGUCCGCGACCCCUCCGCCGCCUCCAACGCCUCUUCCCUGACGGGAGACGCCUACCUCGCCGACCCGCCCUCCGCCGUCUCCGAGCGCUCCACCUCUGGCCUCGUCUCCGGGACUGUCGGCCUCCCCUCCUCCCCUCGCCCCGGCGUCAACCGCUUCCCCAGCCUUGACUCAACACGUACCCUCCCCUCCUCUCCCAAACCAGGCGCUUCUUUCUCCUCUUCGCGCUCCGGCGCCUCUGGAACUUCUUCCACCCUCCGCCCUAACGCUCCGGCCCCUCUUAACUCCCUCAACGGGAACGCCUCCUCCUCUGCCGUCCGCGCCGGCGGCGCCUUGCCGCUUCGCGCUUACGAACCCUCUCUUGCCUCGCCCACCAGCGGUAGCCAAACGACGAAGCAAACCGUCUUCACGAGGCAGGCUAAUGGCCCGUUGUCACCGGGCAUGAAUACUGCUGGGUUGAGGACGCCCUGGACCGGCGCGCCCGUGCCGUAUAGUCCUUACCAGCCCUUUUCGCCGGUAGUGCCGAUUACCCCGUCUUUGGUCACCAAGGCGGAUAGGAAGAGGAUGAAGAGGUUUGAGCCGAAGACGCCUACGGUGGAGAUGGUGAGGAGUGAGGAGGAGAUUUGGUAG